UUAAUUGAAUAGUAUAGUGGAUUUUUAGAGGUUUUCUCUCUCUCACUCUCUCUCUCUGAAGAAGAGACUACGACGCGAAGAAGAAGAAGAAGACGAGCAGCGAUGGGAGACGAGAGGGUGAAGGACGAGGCCUUGCAGAUAAUGACACUCUUUCACGUCUUGCCUCGUCUCGUCGUCUUCGAUCUCGACUACACUCUCUGGCCCUUUUACUGCGAAUGUCGUUCAAAGCGUGAAAUGCCAAGAAUGUACCCGCAGGCUAAAGGCGUGUUAUUUGCUCUUAAGGAGAAGGGAAUUGACAUGGCUAUUGCAUCCAGAUCGCCAACUGCAGACAUUGCUAAGACAUUCCUUAACAAACUAGACAUAAAUUCAAUGUUUGUUGCCCAGGAGAUCUUUUCCAGUUGGACACACAAAACAGAGCAUUUCCAAAGAAUCCAUAGGAGAACUGACAUACCUUACAAAUCCAUGCUCUUUUUUGACGACGAGGAUCGCAACAUUGAAGCUGUUUCAAAGAUGGGUGUGACCAGCAUUUUGGUUGGGGAUGGGGUUAAUCUUGGUGCUUUUAGACAAGGACUUGCAGAGUUCUCUCAGAAUUCAGGUGUACCCGCCGAUGGGACCAACCCCAAAUGAAAAUGGCUGCUAGUUAUAAUAAACCAUUAAACAUUGAAGAAUGAAUCUUGGAUUGGGAUAAUAAUGACAAAAGAUAUUGAUGCUAUUUAUAGUCCAUUUUAAGGUCAAGUAGGAAGGAAGGUGUGAUCUCUUUGUUGAUGCCUUCUCUCAAUCUUCUUAACCACUGUAUAUUGCAUCUUCACAACAUUUUUAUUAUAAAUAAUACUGUGGGAUAAUUGAAUCAAUGAA